AACGAAAGCGAGGGAUCAAAUGGCUUUCAAUAACUUCAACAUUCCAGCUUCAGGGCAAAUGAUUCCAUCUCAGAAUCAAGGUAACUUCAAUCAGAUGGCAGCACCAGCUCAACAGAUGGGAGGUUUUCAACCCAGCCAACCCCAUGGUGUUCAGGGUUUUGGUUCUCAUCAAGGCCAGAGGUUUUCUGGUCCUCCUCCUGGAUAUCAGAUGGGGUUACCCAUGGGAUCUCAAAUGAGUCAACAUAUGGGUCCUCAAAUGAACUCACACAUAAGGCCUCAAAUGGGACCCCAAAUAGGACCUCAGGUGGGAUCUCAAAUGGGACCUCAAAUGGUAAAUGUACCUCAGAGUGGUAUUCAAAUUGGAGGAUUUCCAUCAAAUGUGCAGCUGGGUCACCAGUUUCCAAAGCAGCAACAAAUGAGGAUGGAUCAGCAAAGAAAACAAGCUGAAGAAAAUGCUAAGAAACAACAGGAACUAAUCAAGAAAAAGCAAUUUGAGGCUCAACAGCUAAAACGUCAGGAGUCUUUUACUACUAAAAGGUUGUCAAACCCAGAUGCUUUAAACAGCUUGUUUGGUAAAAACAAAAAUAGUGGAAGUUCAUCAAUUGCUGAUUUAAUUGGGCCCCUUGGCAAGGAGUCAGAAUCUAAGACACAAUCAAAAAAACCAUCCAGUAUAUUUUCCCGACCUGGUAGCAGUGCCACAGGUCAGUCUUCAAUUCCCAACCAAGGCCAGUGGGGUUCAGGAUUUAUGACUUCAGGAAAUGUGAAUCCUCAGGGGAGUCAAGCAAGUAGCAUGGAUGACUUUGGGGACUUUUCACAAGGACCGUCUUUUCCAUCUCAGGGGGGUGGCAGUAAUGCAGAAUUCAGUGACUUUCAGGGAGCAGCUCAACCGGUAGCACAGGGUAGAGGUACUUCCUUUCCUGCUAUGGGAUCAGGUGCACCAGCCCCUCCUAAUAUGAGUGGCAAUGUGAAUGUUUUUUCUCAAACUCAGUCACUCCAUGGUGCUAUUAGAGAACCAUCCGGGAACAUUUUUUCUUCCAAUUCUGCAACUGAAACUCAGCACAACAGUUUUCCACCAGCACAAAAUAUGGCGACACCUUUAUCUAUGCAUGGAAUGCUAACAGCAGCUGUUGGUGCUCCAUUUGCAACUUCAUGGGUAGGACCAUCCAAUGUUGCUAAAGGGAGCCAAAUGCCUCACUUUGGGGCAGAUUCUAACAUACAUGGUGCAUCUACUCAAGGAGGUCAUAUGACCCAGCUUGUGGGGAAUAGUGCACCAGAGAUGUUUUCCAAUGUUGCCAGGAACACACCAAGUGGAGGAACAAUGCCUCAAACAGACACACCUCAUAAUCAAAUUGGCAUAGGAAAUCAGCAAGGUAGUCACUUAAUGAGAAAUUUAGCCCUGGGUGGUAGUAUUAAACCACAAUCUACUAUGGGCCAAUAUCGGGAUGAAACUGGAUCACAGCCCUCCAAUCCUGGUGCAGAGCCUAAAUUGCAGCGACAUUCAACAGAAUCUACCCAGGAACCAGCUCCUGAAGCUGAAGACACAGCUGAAAGGAAACUAGAGCUGUUGUAUGGUGUAAGUCUUCCUGAGUGGUGUGUUCAUGGCACAGACCUACCAGGAAUUUAUAAGCAGAUAGCAGAGAAAACAAGCAAUGCAUGUGAUGACCUCAUUGACACUAAUGGUUUGUUUCCCAUUCUCAUGGCUUCUGAUCUUCCCCGUGACCAGCUAGGUCACAUUUGGAACCAGGCUAAUAGAGCAGUUCCAGGUCAGCUCAACAUGUUGGAACUGAGGAUUGUGUUAGGAUUGGUUGCUCUGGGUCAGGCUGGUUUGAAAACAGAACGUCUCACUCUUGAGAAGUUGGCUACUUGCAAGGCUGCUCCUAUUCCAUCCAUUCCUGAGGACGUUUUACAGAAUAAGGGGCGAGGCUGGAGUUUCUCAGAGUCAUUACAUGAAGAGUCCAAAGAUAGUGGAUCUUUAGAAGAAAAUAUAUCGAUGGGACAUCUUUGUAGUGCCUCCAGUAGUCAGACCAUUGACCCAAAUGAUAAGUAUAGUGUAUUUAAAGCUGUUUCUCAACCUGAUACGAGUAACACUGCAGCAUUACCUUCAAUGGAGUCCAAAGAAAGAUUUGGGGUAUUUCAAUCUUCCGAAUCACCUGCUGUUAAUGUUAAGCUUCAAGGUGGUGGAGUACCUCUAUUUCAAGGUGUUCUUGGCUGGAACUCUGGAGAAAAAUUUCCAAAGGAUGAUGAGUUUGGUGAUUUCCAAGGCCAGGCUCACCAGAAUAACAGUCUAAAACAGAAUGACUUUGGAGAAUUCAAUAGCAAACCAACUUUACUUAGCAUGACAACUGAGUUGAACAAAAACUCCAGCCAAUCAAAAGAAGAUGAUUUUGGUAGUUUCCAGACAGGAAGUAGUCAAACAAGUCUAGGUUUCAAUGAUGCUUCAAUGCUUACUCCAAAGUCCAUGGAGGAGGAUUUUGGUGAUUUCCAGACUGGGAAGCAAUCUGAGAUUUUUGGUACUUGGCAAGAAUCAAAACAGCAAGACCAGCAACAAACUGCUGUUCAAGAAUUUAAGAAUUGCAAAGGUAGUGGAAACCUUGACAGUGAGGUUAAGACAUGUGAAGUGAAGGAAGUUAAAUUACUUCCCACAGCAGCUCUCAGUGAGUCCUCUGAGUCUACACUAAGUAAUGAUGACAACAGCCUGACUGGAAUGGAUGACUCUGGUAACUUUCAACCCUGUCCAGGACUGUUUUCUAAUAAAACUGGCAUAAGCUCUGGUCAUCAUGGUGCUAAUAAGCUUACAUCAUCGCUGGAGAAGUUUAAACUCUCCAUUAAUUCUCAGGUAUCUAGUGUUGGAGGUGUCAAAAGUCACAGCUUGCCAGGAUUUGAAGAUGGAGGAAGAAAAUUAACUGAAAGAAGAGAACAGGUGGAUAAUACCAAACAGGAGUCCAAAGGAAACCAGAGUAGUUUUGUAGGUUUUCCAUUGUUGGUUAAUGACCCUCCUAAAACUACCAGUUUGACUGACAAACCUGAGGACAGAUAUGGUGCUAUUAGAGAUGCUGAUUUCAGCUCUGGAGAAGGAAUUUUCAGUGUUCAGCAGCCAGGAGUAGUAGAAGCUGCAUCAGAAGAUGAUGGAUUUGCUGAUUUUGGGGGCUUUGAAGUAGCUGACCAAUUUAAGUCUGGGAACAAUGAUGACUUUGGAGAAUUCAAAUCUACAAACACUUCACAGAGUCAGUCCUUUGGUGUGUUUGACAACUCUCAGCUGGGUCAACAACCAAAAACAGCUUCUAUUGAAAAUCAUAAUCAGGAUUUUGGUAGUUUUAAUUCAUUUGGCAACACAAAUCUGACUAAACCUACACCUCACAAAGAUGAUCAAGAUGAAUUUGGGGCUUUUGGGUCAUUUGUUACUGGUGUAUCGCGUGAAAGCAGCAGCAGACCACGUUCCACUUCUAAUAGUGACUCACUCAUUAACUCAGUGUCACUGGAGCCUACAGAACGUUAUAAGGUCCUCUCACAUGACUCUGGGGAUGUGGAUCAACAUGCAAAUGCAUGGAGCCGUUGUCUUAACAGCUGCCUUUUAACCUUGGCAACAGCUACAUUGUCAAUUCAGAAAAUGGUUGAGCAGUCUGUGAAGGAGGAAGUCCUUGAGUCCAAAGAAGGAGCCACAUAUUUUUCAGCCAUAGUUGAAAUUUACAGAGUUACCCUAAGGAUAAAUGCAUCAGUAACUAAAUCAGCACCAAAUAACACGAAGCUGAGAGAUAUCCACCAAGAGAUUGAGAGCACAUGGAAAAACAUUGCAAACUUUCUUUCUGGCUCCACCCUUUUGCCACCAAGGAGUAGUCUAGAUUUCUCAACCCAUCAUGUUUCAGUUAGUGAAGAUGGACGCUCAGCUUGUGGAAUUUGUCUGUUAAAUGUUGACAAGGGUUUACAAGAUUCAUCCAAACACAGCAAUGGAAAGCUCACAUAUGGAGGCCGACAGUAUCAUUGCACAUGUGCAAACUUUUGGUGUAAUAGAGUGGAUUCUGUUCUCCCUGCUCUGUUGCCAAUUAACAGUUUGAUAUGACCAGCUGUUAUAACUGACCAGGAAUGACAACAAUAUUCAGUAUUAAUACACAAUCAUGAUUCUGUGAUACUAGAAUAAUACUCUUUAGAAAGCUGAAUAAAUGACUGGAAAAGUGCAUGAAUCCUCAACAGUUAAUCCAACAAGACUGGUUGUUGGGGAGAAAAACUGCUUGUGAUAGAAAUAAGAAUAUUCAGAUAGAAAGUAGCAAUUGGUAAAAGGCAGACUGACAAAUGAAACAGAAUGGAGUAAUACAACAUAUAUUUAGGUAAGGUUGAUAGAGAAUACAGAAAUGCAUGUAUCUUUCAUCUGCAUUUGAAUCCUAAUUUAUUAGAAAGAUGUGGUAAAUAUGUUUGUUGGUUGUUGGGUUUUUGUAAUUAAUCUUUUAGUAACUAGAGUUUAACUCCAGAGUUUUCCAGAAAAGAGAAUCUUUUUUUUUUUCCAAUAAAUACGGUCAGCAUAUUGUUGUCAAAAAGGUCAUGGUUAUUCAAUUACUUGAAAUUGAAUAAUGAUUGUGAUAGUAAUAAAAUACUCUUGGCCCCCUCUCAA